UGACUUCAAUCUCGCAGAUUAUGACUACCUGCCCGUAUCUUCCGAAAUCAAAGAACUCUUUGAGUACAUCAAGAGGUACACUCCCAAAACCAUAGAGAUCGAGCAUAAACUGCAGCCUUUUAUCCCAGACUUUAUUCCUGCGGUUGGAGACAUCGACGCAUUCCUAAAGGUUCCCCGUCCCGACGGCAAGCCCGACAACCUUGGCCUGCUGGUCCUGGACGAGCCGUCAACCAAGCAGUCAGAUCCCACCGUGCUCUCCCUUUGGCUGACAGAGAACUCCAAACAGCACAACGUCACACAGCAGAUAAAAGUGAAGAGUUUGGAGAAUGCAGAAAAGAACCCCAAGGCCAUUGACAGCUGGAUCGAAAGCAUCAGCGAGCUGCACCGCUGCAAACCUCCCGCCACAGUCCAUUACACCAGGCCAAUGCCCGACAUUGAGACCCUGAUGCAGGAAUGGUCACCGGAAUUUGAGGAGCUCUUGGGAAAGGUGGGCCUCCCGACUGCAGACAUGAACUGUGACCUGGCCGAAUACGUCGACAUGAUAUGCGCCGUUCUGGACAUCCCCGUGUACAAGAGUCGGAUCCAGUCUCUGCACGUCCUCUUCUCGCUCUACUCGGAGUUCAAGAACUCACAGCAUUUCAAGCCCUUGGCUGAGGGGAAGAAGGGCAGGAGCUCGCCGUCCAACCCGCCUUCGCAAGUGGCAGAUGCGGAAGC